UAGGAGUAUGGAGUCAACACUAAACGCCAGGCCGCCAAGGAGCAUAGUUGUGCGCAAGAGGCAGGGAACGAGUUUGAUAAUCGAUUUGUAAUUGGCAGUAUUAUUGAAUCAUGAACCGGCUUAUUCUGAUCAGUGCUGUGUGCAUGCAGUUUGGCUGGAUCUUCGGAGCACCAAACCCCGAAGGCGUCGGCGCUUACGCGUAUCAAGACUCGGACGGAAAUAGGGUCGAAUUAAUAUACCCGAUAGCACACGUUCAGCCGCUGCCACCGUUAAAACCACUCCCACCGCUGCGACCGCUGUGGUUCCAUCCUUUGAGAAUUACUCCAUCACUUCCUCUAUUGCGACCACUGAGGCCCCUACAACCGCUGAGACCUCUACACUUACCACUGUUUCAUCCGUUGCAAUUAUUAGCGUUCAAUCCUUUGCAAAUACUGCCACCGCCACCCUCAUUUGAAUCUAGAACAAUAAGACCAAUCUCAUCUCUUCCACCCCUACAACCUCUUCGACCUCUACUACCACUGAAGCCCCUAUAUUCGCUUCCAUCACCGAUCCAACCACUGCAAGUUUCACCGUUCCAUUCUUGGAACUUAUUUCCAUCAGUACAGUAUAGAACAGUAGCGCCACUGAAGCUUCUACAACCCUUGCGAUCUCUGAGUUCACUGAGUCUGCUGCAAUUACUAUCAUCACUGUUAGGGUAUCGACCGCAGCAAGAUCCAUUAAGUCCCUUAUUUCCCCAUCUACCACUGAGACCCCUGCCUCUACAACCGCUCCCAUCAUUGUUUCCUUAUCAACCACUGCAAGUGUCACCGUUCUAUCCGUGGAGUUCAUUCCGACCGCUGCUGCCGUUACAGCCAUCGCUGAUUCCACUAAAUACAGAGUUCCCCUUCAACGGAGGAUUCAGUAAUUUCGGGAUGCCCAACUUUGGACCUCAGAACUAUGGGCAAUAUGGUCCGAACUCGGCGUACGCGUCGGGGUCGGUCAUGCCGGGGUAUUCGCACCAAGUAGCUGCCGUUAAUCCGGGAAAUCCGAACCAGCCGAACGUGGACAUCAAGAACCGCUUCGGAGAAGACGGUAAGGGUGGCAACGGCUACAUGAGCGUCUCCAGCUCCUCGUACGCCACGUCAUCCAACGUGAACGGGCAGGAGCAGGCCCACCGCGGAGCUGAAACCGUCGUCAAUAAUAACGGCGUUGUCCACCGUUAUAAAGUGGAGUCCUAAACACACGGUCUGGGAAUCUUAGGGGCAUUCCAGAAAAGUGUUGGCUACGUGACGAUAUUUUUUAACAAGCUUUUAUUUAACUUGCAAUAUUUUUUUGAUUGGUUUCAUUUCUCAUACUCUGAAAGUGGAUCGUUUUUGUUCUAAGAAGUAUGCAGAAAAUGAUCCGUUUCUGCACUAGACCAUUUUACUUUCCCAGUACGUUUUUUUUGUCUUUUAUGUUACGAUAAGCAAUUAAAAAUUGAUAUUAAAUGGAUUUGUUGCACAAUUUCCAUACUGAUAUUUAACUCCCCAUUCCAUAAAUGUUGCUGCUCACUGCGUUCGAGCGCAAAACUACCUCGACAGAAAUGAGUGCCUUUCUUCCCUUGGUUAACAAUGUACUUAUUGUACCUAAUAUGUUUGUUCGAGUCAAAUCUUGCAAGCUAAAUAAGACCUGCUUUCCAUUAUUUGAUUGAGCUGAAACUUCAAAUUCAUAUUCGUAAGUUCGGUGAUAAUGUAAUAUUAUGGUAUAAUCGAGCUUAGCUGAUGAUGGACACAGGAGGUGGCCAUAGGUACAUUCAGCGUCAAAUACUUUGUAGCAACCAAAGUAGCCAAAUAGUUCGGUACACCAUAUAUUUAGUAUGGUGUACCGAACUAUUUGGCCACUUUGACUGCUACGAAGUAUUUGACGCUGACUGUACUCUGCGAUCAAACAUCGCAACCUAGUGUGUUUGUUAGAAUUACCUCGAUGAGUAUUAGUUGCCCGUUGAAAGUAAAGUACAGUCGGCGAUAAAAGAUUGCAUCAGAAAUGAUUUUUUUUAGAAAAAACUUAUUUAACAAUUCUGAUAAAGUUAAGAUGCCGAUACUUGUCAUGAUAACGUUUGCUUAAAUUCAACGAUAUAAAGAGAUGUCUACAGGUCAUUAAGGUAGCUGCCAUACGCGCCACGUCCCCGACAAAGACCUUUUUGUGGAAUGCCCCCAUAUAGCAUAUUAACUGCGCGUUUUAGCGUCAUUAUUCUAAUUACAAUUACUGUUAUUAAUGGAAUGAGUAAGUGGAAACACUUUGAUGAAAUGUAGAUGCAGAAUAAUGGCCAAAAAACGUCGCAAAAUUAACCUGACACAAGUAAAAUGAGUUGAGUCAGUUGGGGCAAAUGCACUUUCACUGUGGCGCAUUUAGUCUAGGCCUCCUGGUGAAGGGAAAAUAAGCAAUUUACACGAUCUGCCGCGGGUUUCUAGCUGACUUAUUUAAAGCCCGACUCAUUUUUCUAGCGAUGAAUGUACUGUAAAACUGUUUUUGUAUGUACCCCUACAAUCCCUACAUAAAAGUGUGUAUCACAUGCAUCUUUUUAGUUAAAGGCACAAAUUAUUUAUUAGUAGGGUGGCACUUUAGUAUUAUUGUUGUUAGUCUAAAUGUUGAUCAAUAUGGUCACAUUUGAUAAAGCAUCUUUCUGGCAAUGAGAGAAUGGAAAUAUGUUAUUUCAAAGUAUUGUGAUACAUGUGUUUCGAAUUAUAAGAAUAUUGUUGAUAAAUAAUUCCUAAGCAAUAAAUGUGCUGUGACUCUCUUAAUGCCUAUAUUUACACACUGGAUAAGACAAUUAUAUAAAGCACUAGUUAUUUUAUUUGAAAAAUAAAUGUUAUUUAAGGUA